UACAGUUAUCUACUGCGCAUAGCUGGCAGUUGAGUUGUAUUCUCAUUUCAGUACGUGUAACAUGCGAAGUUGAGCAUGAGCUGUAAUUAGAGAGCUGAGUUUCAGCACGUGUAACAUACGAGGAUGAGCUAAGCAUGAGCUGUAAUUAGUUAGGAUUCUUGUUAUAGAAUAGUUACAUAUUUGUUAGUUUGUUUUAUUCAAAGUAUAGCUUAGUUCUUCUCAGUAUUAAUACAGAGUUCUUGUAAACUCUUUCAUUUUAUCCAAUACAUAAAGUUUUUCCGCAAUUCUCUUACAUUCUGUCUUGCGAAAUGGUAUCAGAGCGAUAAACACUCUGUUAUUCUCUGUUCUUCCUUGUUCUUAGUAUUUCUUCGUUCUUAAUCCUUCGAGAUUUCUUUUCUUGAAUUCUUCUUAAUCAAUUAUGGAAAAUGUUCCAUCAAGCCUUGCAUCAUCUGGCACAGAUUUCUCAAAUCCGUACUAUCUCCAUCAUGGAGAUAGUCCAAGAAGUUUGCUGGUUUCGCAGCCUUUGGCUGGAAACAAUUAUCAUACUUGGAAGCGAUCAAUGUCAAUGGCGCUAUCUGCAAAGAACAAAUUAGGGUUCAUUGAUGGAUCCCUGCCAAAACCAGAUGAAUCUGAUGCAUAAUUUCUUUCCUGGAAUCGCUGCAACAACAUGGUCCUAUCAUGGAUCCUCAACUCUGUGUCUCAAGAGAUAGCUUCUAGCAUCAUCUAUAUCGAUUCUGCUGAGGAAAUGUGGAACGAUAUAAAGGAACGAUUUUCUCAACAAAAUGGUCGACGGAUUUUUCAGCUGCAAAAAUCCAUAUCUGUUCUAUCUCAGGACAAUCAAUCGGUAAGCUCUUAUUUUACCUCUCUCAAGGGACUUUGGGAUGAGCUAAAUAAUUACCGACCUUUUCCUCUUUGUUCUUGCGGUGCUUCAAGAACUAUUCUUGAAUAUCAGCACCGAGAGUAUGUGUUUCAAUUCCUGAUGGGAUUGAACGACUCUUUUGCACAAAUUAGAGGCCAGAUCCUACUUAUUGAUCCACUACCACAAAUCAAUAAGAUUUUUUCAAUGGUUCUGCAAGAGGAACGUCACAGAGAGAUCUCUUCAUUUUUUGCUCCUAUGAAUCACAAUCCAGCAGCAAUGGUGACGAAAUACACUCAGUCCUUUCCUCAGCUGCGUUCUCAAGGAUCUAAACCAUCCUAUAAUCGCAAAGAACGUCCUAUUUGCACUCACUGUGGCCUCCUUGGUCAUACCGUUAAGAAGUGCUACAAACUGCAUGGUUAUCCUCCGGGGUAUAAGUUUACCAGAGGCAAGAAUAUUUCAUCUGCAAAUCAAGUUUCUGAUUCUGAUGUGCCUCAAUUACCUCUCACAUCCGAGCAGUGCCAGCAGCUAUUAACCAUGCUUCGAUCCAAAUGUCCUGCUGAUCUCUCCCCUGCCAACUCUGUCAUUCCUAAUAAUCAGGAUCAUUUGCUUUCUGAAAUGGCAGCAACUGUCCGGCUAGAGGACGAUUGGAAUGGGUAGAGUGAAAGCUGGCUUGCAUCAUUUGCUGCAUAACUUGGAGAGUUUCAAUGGUUCAGCAUCUUCCCCUUUAGCAUCUUCAAUAAAGUAUGUGUCUUUUGCUUCUGUUUUCAAUUCUGUUUCAAUAAAAGUUCCAGCACAUGUUUGGCAUUUUCGAAUGGGUCAUUUAUCUGACUGACGGUUUAAUUUGCUUAAGCAUGUAAUUUGUGAUUGUACAUCUCAUUCUAAUAAAGAUUGCUCAAUUUGUCCUUUGGCAAAGCAACACAAAAUUUCUUUUCCUGUUAGCACUACUCACUCUACUCAAAUUUUUGAACUAAUUCAUUGUGAUAUAUGGGGACCUUUUUCUUCUCUUUCAUCAAAUGGUUCAAAAAAUUUCCUUACUAUAGUUGAUGAUCUUAGUAGGUUUACUUGGGUAUAUUUGAUGCAUAGUAAAUCUCAAACAAUUC